UAGACUUCAAGAUUAAAACUGUUGAAUUACAAGGAAAGAAGAUCAAGCUACAGAUAUGGGACACAGCGGGGCAGGAACGAUUUCACACCAUCACCACCUCCUAUUACAGAGGUGCCAUGGGGAUCAUGCUAGUAUAUGACAUCACCAAUGCCAAGAGCUUUGAAAACAUCAGCAAGUGGCUCAGAAACAUAGAUGAGCAUGCCAAUGAAGAUGUGGAGAGGAUGCUGUUAGGAAACAAGUGUGACAUGGAAGAUAAAAGAGUUGUCCCUAAAGCAAAAGGCGAACAGAUUGCUAGGGAGCACGGUAUUAGGUUUUACGAAACUAGUGCAAAAGCAAAUAUAAACAUUGAGAAGGCAUUCCUCACAUUAGCAGAAGACAUUCUUCAAAAGACCCCUGUAAAAGAGCCCAACAGUGAAAAUGUAGAUAUCAGCAGUGGAGGUGGGGUGACAGGCUGGAAGAGCAAGUGUUGCUGAACGUUCUCCUAUAUCACCAAUCGCCAUCCACCGCCCCUUUUUUCUCGCUGCGAAACAAACCACUCUGCCCGUUUUUAACCUUAAACCAAUGUUUAGUUCCUCAUCUUAACAAGUUCCUGUCUCCCUUUGUUUUUCCGUUUAGGAGAGCUUGCAUACUAUAAUUUUCUCAACAACACGUGUAGGAAAAUCAUCUCCGUGACUUCAUUUUUUUUUUUUUUCAUGUACCUGCUCAACUUACCACUACGUUUUGGUUGUAUUAUAGUCCCGUUCCUCCUGACAUUAAAACAUAGAGCAAUCAUAUUCAACUCUAUCCUGCAAAUUGUAUAAGAAUAAAAGUUAGAGUUAACAAUUUAUUUUGUACAACAGUGGAAUCUUCUGUCAUGGAUAAUGUGCUUGAGUCACCAUGUUCCCUAGAUGCAUCAGCAAAAGAGCCAGGAAAACACUCAUUUUCGCCUUGAGUAUGUGAAUGGGGUUUAUUUUGUCCUGUGCCUUAUGUGGAAAGGAACUUUUGUUU